CUUCACCCCCUCGCCAUCUCAAUUCCACUCGUGCCAGCAGCAAUAUGCACCAGCACGGCGCUCCCCAGGACGACGAAGUGACGAUCUUUCGCUCGGGAAGGACUGACGAGGAUCGAGACGACAGCUUGACGCAAUCGGAACGCUCGGGAAGUAUCACUCAACCGGACGCGUUUCGCCGCGCAUCGCUGCCGCGGGAAUCCCAGCGCGGGUCGGUCCUCAUGGCGCGGCCGAGCAACGUGUUCAACCCGAUGCCGUCGUCGCCGUCUCGGUUCAGCGGACGACAAAGCACGUACGUGCACCACCAUCAGUUCAGCAUGCACGACGACGGAUCGACAUCCACCGAAGACAUGGACACAUUGAACCCGUCGAAAGAAAAGAUGAAGCUGGUCAAUAUUGCGACCCUCGAGCGGCCCGAGGCCCAGCGAGACUACAGGGGGCAGCUUCGGCGGUGGCCUGGGAUGCUUCUCCUGGGCGUGGUCGUGGCCACAGCUGUCGUCGCGAUCUCCCUCGGCGCGCGGCAGUCGUACAACGCGUCGUUGCAGCGCCGUCAGGAUGUCCUGGUCCGCGAGCAGCGGCGCCGCGCGAUCCAAGACGGCCUCGUGGACGACAGUGUUUUGGUGGACGCUGACGGCAAAGUCGGCAACCCCAUGACGUACGACUCGACGGGACGAAAAUGCCAAUUGCCAGAUUACCAAAGCAAGAACGGCCGCGUGUACGCCGUGGCGGCCAACGGCACCGAAGUCACCGUGGCGAUCAAAGGCACGAAUUGGUUUGGCAUGGAAACCGGCCACGCGAUUCCAUUUGGGCUGUGGGAAAACGACCAGAACGGCACGACCGUGUACGAAGUGGCGGCGUUCCUCCAUCGCCACAAGUUUAACAGCAUCCGACUGCCGUUGUGCGCCCAGUCCAUUCUGAAAAACACGGCGCCCGACAAGCGACUUAUCAAUCUGGACACGAACCGCGCCAUCAACAUCAAGGGGUACAUGGAGCUGCUCAAGUCGGUGUUGAAAGCGCUGGCGUACCGCGACAUCACGGUGCUGCUGUCCAUGCACACCCUCACGACCAAGGGGGCGACGGGGUCGUGGUUCAACGCAGAUGUAUCGGAAGACGACUUUUUGAAAGCCAUUGACAUGCUCACGUCGGAGCUGUGCUCGGACGAGUACUGGAACGUGAUUGGCAUUGAUUUGAAGAACGAGCCCAACGACUGCGGGUGGGGGCCGUCGGACAAGGCCAGUGCCAAGUGCGAUUGGGUGGCCGGCGCCAAGUUGAUUGGCGAUCGCAUGCAUGCUGGCUGCAAGAACUGGCUCGCGUUUGUCGAAGGCAGUGCGUCCAUGGGGCACACGGUCGGGAAGAUCACGUACGACUAUCGAUAUUUACAUAGUCGUCGUCGUAAUCGAUAUAUCUACUACAUCCCAUGUGGUUGUAGGUACUUUGACUGGUGGGGUGGACGGCUGCAAGAUGCCGACACGGUGCCCGUGACCCUCAAAACCCAAGACAAGCUCGUGUGGUCGCCGCACUACUACUCGACGGCCGUGGCCCCGCAGCCGUACUUUUAUGAUAACGUCGUGCGCGCCGCGGACGGACAAGGGUAUGCGUCGUACACGGAACUGCCGGACGACACGCUCAAAACCAACAUCCACAUCACGAUGGAGCACAUGUUUGGGUACCUUCGCGAGAAGCGCAAGUACGCGAUCGUCGUGGGCGAGUUUGGCGGGCUGUACACCAAGGACGAGCACCCGCAGUAUACCAUUCGACGCACGGUGGACUUCACGAUCCAGGAGAUGAUGCUCGACGGGUACUCGGGGGGGUACAUGUGGUGCAUCAACCCCGAGUCGGCCUACGACUUUCCCAGCGCCGGACGCAAGGCGUUCACGUCCGAAGGGCUCCUCCUCGACGACUGGCUCACCCCCAACAAGCUGUUUAUGGAAGCCAUGGCCAAAAUGAACGCCCUGCCCAACUUGCGACCGUUCCCUUGCUUUGCCCCCGAGAAGAAGAAACCGUAGUAGUAUUUAAUAGUAUCGUCGUGGGGUACAUACCGGGGACCCCAUCCGGUAGACUUAAGUAAUCAUGAUGGGCUCCAACCAACCUUCCUGCACGACUGUCCAGGUAGUACUACUUACUAUUACUAAUUAUUAAUAUUGUAGGGGCCUUUUGGGAUGAUACCAGGGUCAUACAAACUGUAAUAUAAAUAUGAAAUAUUGGGAA